CUCAUGAUUCAAUAAGACGUAAGGAAAGAAUAGAAACUUAAAAUAUUGCUUUAAACAGAUAUUGAGGUAAAAACAGACGUCGAUGCUAAAUGGAUUAACAGAAUCGUUCCUUUAAAAAAUAAUUUGGCUUUUAUUUAUUAUGAGGGAGGAUUUUAUUAAUUGUACGAUAUAGAAAAACAAUAAAUAACAGUUGCAGGAAAACUUCCUGAUAAUAUUAAAUUUUUUCUUGAAAUUUACACAAAGUAAUUUUUAAAAAUAAUAAUUAGAGUUUUGAUCUUUCACGAUCCAACAGAUAUUUAAAUCAAAAUGUUAGACUUGAACAUAAAUUAACUCAAUCCUAAUUUUGUAUUUAGAUCAAGUGACAAAAUAGAUAUCAAGAGUGAUGAAUAAAGUAGGGAAAUAAUUAUCGAUAGUAAAAAUCAUUCGAUAUUUUAGAAUUUAGAGCUUACUUUCUUGAUAGUGAAGAAAGUAAGUGUAAAUUUUUGAUAACCCAAGAUUUAGAAAAGUACUACUCAAAUAAUAAUGUUUGCCAUUUCAAAAUAAGAGUUUUACCUCUAGAAUAUAAACCUGAAACAAUUUUUGAUUUAUCAACAGCAGCCUAAUAUGACUAUCCUAAUGCUAUUUAAUAAACUGAGUUAUAUCAUUGGCUCGUAGACAAAGAAACUUUUACUAUCUAUGGACAAGACAACGAUAACAAUAAAUCUGAAAUUCUUUUUAUCAAACCUCAUUUACUUGAAAAGGCAUUCUAUAUUGUUCAUACAGUGCAUACAUGUUCAUACACAAUAUUAAAUGUUUCCAACUGGAUUAACCCUCAUUAGGUGGCUAUUUGGGUAAAUUGUAAUGAUGGUGCUACAAAACCAUCUAUAUUUACUAUUGAUUUAAGAAAUUAUUAUGAUGGCUAAAAAUGGUUACUUGAACCUGAAUAUUCACCAACUUUGGUAAUUAAUUAUGCUUAAAUAUUGCUAGGCUAGAGAUGAGUAUAUUGAUGAACCAGCAGUUUUUAUGGAUAUUUAUCAAUUCUAUUUAGAUUCUACUUAUAUAAUUUAAAUUAGACAAGUUGGAAAUGAUGCUAAGAUCUCUAUCAUUAAUUAUUAAGAUAUCUAAAAACCAGAAAUUAUUAGUGAAAUUAAGGUUAAUUAAUUUUGGAUUGAUCCAGCAGUCGAUCAUUCUUACAUUCUACUAUAUAAUGAUAUGUCGUAAGACUUUAUUAUUUACUUUUAGCAUUGAAAAUAAAACAGUCAAAUUUUAAGUAUUGUUUCCAGCUGAUGCAAGACAUUAACUAUUAUAAAUUAUUGAAAAAGCAAAGGUAAUUGAAAAAUAUGGGAUUAAUAAUGUUGAAGAAAUAUUUGAAUUCUAUUAAUGAGGUG